GUAGGUCACAUAGUGAGGUCAAAUCAACAGUUAAAAAACUAAGUGUGGGAGUCUCGUAAAAAGCACAAUAACAAAAUGCUUGGUGGGUCAGAUGUAAAUGAUGCCAGCAGUGUGUCAUCUCAAACAACAACAAACAGUAGUGGAACAAACACCCCAAACCUAGACAAGAAGCCAGACUAUCUCUGCAAAUGGGAUCAAUGUGGAGAGAUUGUCGAAACAAGUGCUGACCUUGCCGACCACUUGACUGAACAGCAUGCACAGACACAGCUGACAGGCAAGAAAGAGAAAAAAUACUUCUGCCUUUGGGAUGACUGCAAGGUACGGAAGAGACCAUCAAGUAGCAGGGAGUGGCUGCUACGCCACAUACUGAUUCACAGCGGCGAUAAGCCUUUUAGAUGUUUAUUCACUGGAUGUAAUAUGGCUUAUAGCACACGAGAUAGUCGGGCAAGACACGUUCAAUCUCAUUUUUCUGAGCAGAGCUCUCCGAAAAUGCCCAAGAAUAAAGAUGAUAGCCCUGGAAAAUACCGAAGAAAACGGACACGGUACAAACGUAGGGUUUCCCAAGUUAAGAGAACUGAUUUCUUUGAUACACAAAUGAUGGAUGCCCUCCAGCACCACUUAGUGACUGUGAACAUGACAACUCAGCUUGACACUAAAGGACAUGGUCGAAGUAUUAUCUUUCAAGGCAUGAUCAAAUGCAGAAGAACUGCAGAUGAUGGUAAAGUGUCGAUGUUAAUUCACUGGCAACCAGAAGACAUCUUACCAGACACAUGGGUAUCAGAGGAUCAGGUAACAGAACUGAGCCAUAAAAGUGUCCGAAUCACUGACUUACCAAAAGAUACACUCAACCAGAUACAUCCAAAUCUAACAAGGUUUAUAAGCAGGAGGAGAAAAGCAAAAAGAAAAUGAUGUGAACUAGGAAUUAAGGGAUAAACUAAUGAGCAUAUAAAUCAGAAAACUGCUGUUGGUAUCACCAUUCUUUAGCUAAAUAUCUUUUUUUCUGAUAUCCUUUCUUGUAUUUUUGCCUUUAGCAUGAAAAUGUUGAUUUUUUUCUACAGUACUUCCUAAAUUUGUGUUUGUUAUGAAUUAACUUUACAUAGAUGAAAUGUAACUGUAACUUGGUUAGGUUGUUCGUCUGUGCUUGAUUAUUCUCCGUUCAAACUUAUAACCCGUCUUGGUAAUUUAACCAAGGUGAUUACAGUAGAGUGUACUUACUAUUGGAUGUCAAUUAAUUUUACAUAAAAGACAACCUUACUGUAAAUUUUAGCAAAUGACAAUUUUUAAUUAGUAAAUGUGUAAAAUCUUAUAAAGCAUUUAGGAUUUAAACCUGAUUUUAAAUGAAUUUCUUUUAUAUUUUAAUUAAUUUCUUGUUUUAACAAAAUACAGUACUUGAUAUUAUACAUUAUAUUAUUAUUUUUGAAUUUGUAAAAAUAUGAAAUUCAAAAAUAUGAUACUUCUGUUGAAGGAAAUAUUACUUUUAUUAUUGAAGUUUAAUUACACAACAGAACAGUAUUCACAAAAUAAAUGUAUUUUGAUGUGUAUUUUCAAAUUUUAACUUUUAUUAACUUACCAUAAAUGAAUCUGUUAAUAUGAUGUUGAGAAUUUUGUGUAGAGAAAACAAUUACAUAUUUGAUAAAUGUUAAAAUAAAAUUUGAAUGAUGAAGUAAGUCUAAAGAUUAUUUUACAUUUUGACUUAUUUCAGUUCUGAGAUAAAUUUUAAUAAUAAGAAAGUAGAGAUCUUAUUUCAUUUUUACUAAUCAAAUAAUGGCAUUUUGAAAAUGAUCUGUCUGCCAAUAAAAUCGUCUUCUGACCAAAAUUUGAACAAAAAAUAGUUUAUUUUCCAUUUAUUAGCUUGCCAGGCAGUACAUCUUUGAUGUUAAGAUUCAAAUAUGUCAUAAAUAUCAUAAAUAUUGAAUGUGUAAAAAGAUGUUUAACAUAGCUUUUAGAUAACCAGUUGUAAUGAAUUAUUAGUGAAGGAUAUCAUCUCUAAAAAACAGCAGAAAAUAACGUCUAUAGCGAAAUGUUUUAGACUAGAGUGGUGCAAUAUUGUGGAUAGAUCUGUUUUCUUGUGUAGAUGUACAUUGAAGUAAAGAGUUUCAAUCGUAUCGCAUUUGUUGAAUCACUAGGUUUUAGAGAAAAGUAAAUGGAGAUAUUGAAUAUAUUUUGUGAGCCAUUUGAAUGUUGUUAUACUUCAAUUAUACAUUAUUACCUUUGAAAUGUAAAUGUUAAUAAAAUGCAAGUUUUCUUUACAA